GGAAGUUUAAAACUCUCCCCACACUCCUUCAAGAAAGAAAAAAAAAGUGGAUCUUCACUGCAUCCUCUGCUUUUACAGCGCUGUAAAACUGAUUGUUAUAAAAGUGCAAAACAUCUCAGCUAUUGCAUUUGUCAAACGGGCUUUUUGCGGUGACAUCCUCAGCUCCAGGCUGAGGGGCCCUGAUUUGGAACAUCUAAGAGUUUCUUAACUCCACAUUUCUCAUCGGGCUUUUCUCCUUUUCUGUGAAGCCAAAUCUGUGACAGUGUGGAGCUGGCUGCUCGGACGGGGAGGAGUCAGCCUCCUGCUGUUUUAAUUGGCUGCAGACUUCAGUGAGAAGCGCAAAUUAUACCAGGACGAUGUCAUGUUCCAGCAACCAGGCAGGAAACUCGUUUUUUGUGGACUCUUUGAUCAAUCUGAGAAGCGACAGUGGUUCGUGUUACCAAAGUAACAGCCUCUACUUGCCGGACUACUCUUAUGGACUUCCCGGUGGCUCUUGUUUCCCGGCCAUCGAUAAGCGCAACGAGCCGACCAGCCAGAGCAUGGUCCCGUGCUCUGCUCCGUACGCGCAGGGGGUGGAACCGUGGCUGGAGCAGCCCAGCGCGCAGCAUUUGUGCUCCUUCUCUCAGAACAUCAAAGAAGAGAGCGCGUGCUGCCUGAACGAGUCGGACAAAUGUCCUAAAGGAGCGGCUGUGGACGACAUUUCUUAUCCCGCCGCGUCAUGCCCUGUCGCCGGCAGCGCCGUGCCCGUCCCCGGCUACUUCCGCUUGUCUCAGACGUACAUGUCAUCCAGGCUGUACCACGAAAGCCACUUCACGGUGCAGCGACCCGCCCGCAUGGACUGCCAGCAGCCGCAGGCUGCGUGCGCGGAGCCGGAGCGCAGAGAGAGCCACGAGGAGGCGCCUGCGUCGUGCGCCCCAGCCAGAGAGGAGGACAGCCGCCUCUCCUCGGAGAGGUCAUCCUCCCCAGAACCAACCGAGACGUGUAACGCAGAGAGUCCAGACAAACAGGAAAAAGGAGGUGGAAGAACUGAAGUCGCUGCCAACUGGCUCACAGCAAAGAGCGGCAGAAAGAAGCGCUGCCCUUACACCAAGCACCAGACUCUGGAGCUGGAGAAGGAGUUUCUCUUCAACAUGUACUUGACGAGGGAGCGCCGUCUGGAGAUCAGCCGCAGCGUGCACCUCACCGACAGGCAAGUCAAAAUCUGGUUCCAAAACAGGAGGAUGAAACUGAAAAAAAUGAGCCGGGAGAACAGGAUCCGAGAGCUCUCCAGCGACUUCAGUUUCUCGUGAGACAUGCGCACGGGAGAACUGGUUUUCCUGUGCAGAACCCCCACCCACGUGAAAAUAUAUGUGCUAACUUAUUGAUUGUUCUCAAUUUUGUUCUGUUGUGUCUGAUGUUUCUUUGCCUCCUCGCCAACGCGAUUCAUUUAGAAAAAAAAGAUGGAGUGACUGUCUGAGAGCUCCAUGUGUAUCUUCAGUCUGAGUCAAUCUGUAGAAAUUGCAUGCUGGAGGCCUCACGGGGAUACCUGUGUUUAAAUGCUUUAUGUAAGAAGUCAUGGUGAAUAUUUGCACAUUUUGCUGGUCAAAUGAAUAAAAACCACCCCUAUAAAACCACAAACGUCUCAUGUGGCUCACAAAGACGCGCACGCUGGCGGCGCUUAAAUCUCAGCGCUGGCGCCGCUCCAGACGGAAAUACCUUUGUACUUUGUGUACAGUAAAUAUUAC